AUGUUAGGAUUUGCUUUGAGACUAUUGGUUCCAGUGUUUAUUCCUGGGGUGACAAGAGUGCUUGAUCAGUCAGUUUUAUUUUCGACUCCAAUCAACUCUUUUCGUUCGUUGAAAGAGGCGUUGUUUCUUUCUUUCAACAACAUGAACCCUUAUCAUGAGGGUGAAAUUGUUCACCAUCCUCCAUUAGUUCUUGAGCUUUUCAAAUUUUUGGAAUCUCCGAUUCCAAUGAAUAUCUUUUUGGCAUUAAUGGACUCAUUUUGUGGGAUACAAUUGAUUAAGCUUAAUAAGAAACUCAGAGAUCAUGACAACGAUAGAUCAUACUAUCCUGAUUAUGUUAUCGCCGCUUUUUAUAGCUUCAACCCAUUGGCGCUUUUGACUGUAUAUGCUAAGUCGACAAAUACAAUAAACAACUUUGUUUUCUUGACAGCGUUGAAUGCAUUUGCCUCAAAUCCGCUUGGCUUAUCUUGCAUGGUGUUAAUUGCAGUGUCGGCAUAUCUCUCUUACUACGGCUGGUAUUUUAUUAUUCCGAUGCUUUUAUUUGCGUACAAGAAAGCGUCAAAAGAAGGUCGGGGUGCAAGAAACAUUGUUUUCAAAUCAAUUUUCACGUUUUUGCUAACUUUAAUGGUCCUUCUUGGCAUCAGUUACAAGAUCAGCGGUAGUUCAUUCAGGUUUGCUUCUUUAGUUUACGGGACUAUUGUAAGGUUUAGGAAGAUUACCCCUAACUUAGGUUUAUGGUGGUACUUUUUCACCGAGAUUUUUGACGCAUUUAGUCAGUUCUACUUGGGAAUAUUCAACCUAUACAGCUUUAUAUUUGUGGUUCCAAUCACGAUGAGAUUUAUCGGAUCAGAAGACAGUUCAAUUAUUGAUGCAAUCUUUACGGUUUGGAGCCAGGUGGGAAUUUUGAAUAUAUCCCGGGCAUAUCCUACGAUUGCAGAUAACAACAUAUACUUUUCAAUGAUGAUAUUGUUCAAACCUCUUUACAGGAAGCUCAAGUUUGCCCCCUCUGUCUCGACUCUGGCAAUGUUCACCAUCCUUCUUCUUUUACCUGUCUUCUAUUAUGUCUGGAUGGGUGCAAAUUCGGGAAAUGCUAACUUUUUUUACGCAAUUGGCUUGACACACACAUUGAUCGAAAUGGUUGUUCUUUCGGAUUUCUUCUGGUCAAAAUUGCAGCUUAAUUAUUAUAAGUCAAAGGGUAUUGAUCCAAACAAAAAGGAAUUGAAAUUAACGCAGAUAUAA